GGCAGGAGGCAAAGAAGCACUGAACUGCACCAGCAGAGAUAUAGUCCUUGUUUUAGCCCAAAACUUUUUGGGUGUGUUUUUUUUUUGGGUUAUAUCAGUAUAUGUCUCUCUGUUCUUAUUAUUUGAUAUAAGAAUAGCCAAAUAGAAUUUUGCAGACUCGCUCAGAGUUUAGGUAAAUUGACUAGAACUCACUUUCUCUUCCCCACCAUUAUUAAUAGGAACACCCUUCUACUUCAUUAUUCUACUACGACUACUACUAUGCCGGGCAGUUUAGAGCCGUUAGAUUUGGGGGUUCAGAUUCCGUACCAUUUCAGGUGUCCGAUCUCACUUGAGCUUAUGUGUGACCCGGUAACCGUGAGUACCGGUCAGACCUACGACCGUGCCAGUAUUGAGUCCUGGGUGGCCACCGGGAAUACCACGUGUCCAGUCACCCGAUCUCCACUCACCGAUUUCACCCUCAUCCCGAACCAUACACUCCGACGGCUCAUCCAGGAAUGGUGCGUGGCGAACCGUUCCUUCGGCGUCGAGCGCAUUCCAACGCCGAAGCAACCUGCCGACCCCACCAUGGUCCGCUCACUCCUGUCGCAGGCCUCCUCGAUGACGAUUGCCCCUCCGUCGCGGCUCUCUGCGCUGAGGCGACUCAGGGGACUCGCUCGCGAUUCGGACAAGAACCGAGCCGUUAUUUCCGCCUUCGAUGUGCGAGGGACACUCCUCGACGUUGUCUUUUCCAAUGCGGCGGAUUCGGAUUUGAGCCACGAGGCGCUCGCGCUCCUCGUGAUGUUUCCAUUGGCUGAGUCGGACUGCGCUUCGGUUGCGUCGGAACCGGCCCGGGUAGGCUAUCUUACGCGGAUGUUGUUCCACUCUUCGAUUGAGGUCCGAGUCAACUCGGCCGCGCUUGUCGAGAUCGUAGUUGCCGGAACUCGGACGCCGGAGCUCCGAUCUCAAAUCAGCAAUGUAGACGAAAUCUUUGAAGGCGUGAUCGAGAUUCUAAGGAAUCCGAUUGCGUACCCAAGAGCUCUCAAAGUCGGAAUCAAGGCCUUGUUUGCCUUGUGCCUGGUAAAGCAAACAAGGCAUAAAGCCGUCUCCGCCGGGGCCGCCGAGACAUUGAUCGAUAGACUGGCCGAUUUCGAGAAAUGUGACGCUGAGAGAGCUCUGGCCACGAUUGAACUCCUCUGUCGUAUCCCGUCGGGUUGCUCUGUGUUUUCCUCGCACGCUCUCACGGUCCCGCUCCUGGUGAAGAUCAUAUUGAAAAUCUCCGAUCGGGCGACGGAGUACGCAGCCGGAGCUCUGCUAUCGCUUUGUUCAGCGUCGGAGGAGAACCAGAGAGAGGCGGUGGCGGCGGGUAUAUUGACACAAUUACUACUACUGGUUCAGAGCGAUUGUACUGACCGAGCUAAGCGAAAGGCCCAGCUAUUGCUGAAGCUUCUUCGGGAUUCGUGGCCUGAAGAUUCCAUCAGAAAUUCUGACGAUUUUGCUUGUAGUGAAGUUGUGGUUCCCUUCUGAUUUGCUUUUUGUUUUUUUUUGUUUUCUUUUUUUGUUUUUGGGUUUAAUCUGAUUCUUCUUUUCCGGUAGUAAGGAAACUGAAAAACAAGAGAAACAGGAGAAAGCAAAACUGAAAAAAAAAACUGAGACUUUUAGGUUGGUAUAUAGAGAUUUGUAGUUCUGUAUGUAAUUUUGUCUGUAAGAAUAUUUGUCGAAAAGGCAAAUGAAAAAAAAAAAAUCUGUGAAUCCAUUGUUCAUUAUUAUUUUUAUAAUUUAAUUGUUAUUUUUUUGCUAGAACAAA